AUUUCGCUCUAUAGCAAGUUCCUUUCGUCGUCAUCAGCAGCAGCAUCAGCAGCAGCAUCAUCACCAUCAUCACAACAUCAGCUCCGCCCCGCCUCGCGACAUGAAUCCACCUCUGGCUGCUGCUGCUGCUCCUCCCUCCCGCCCCGCAUCUGGCUGACUGUCACAGCAGCGCUGCCGCCGCUUGGUCCGGUGCUGCGGCGCGCUCGUUCUCUCGCCGGUACUCUCACGGAGCGGACGCUGAGCGGAGGGACCCACCAUGUCGGAGGUGCGGAAAUUCACAAAGAGGCUGAGCAAACCCGGGACAGCCGCGGAGGUCCGGCAGAGCGUGUCAGAGGCUGUGAGAAGCACCGUGGACCUGGUGGAGCAGCCAAAGAUUAUCGAGCCACUGGAUUAUGAAGCUGUGGUUUUCCAGAGAAAGGCCCAGAUCCACAGUGACCCCCACAGAGACCUACUGCUCUGCCCUGUGGACGAUGUCUCGGAGUCACAGCUGUCCAGGCAGAGGAGGACUGUUGUUCCCUCUGUACCCCAGAAUGCUGAGCGGGAGGCCAGGAGUCUAUUUGCAAAAGAGUGCAUCAAGAUGUACAACACCGACUGGCAUGUAAUCAACUACAAAUACGAGGCUUACUCUGGUGAUUUCCGCAUGUUGCCAAGCAAAGGCCUGAAGACAGACAAGCUGCCAACUCACGUGUUUGAGAUCGAUGAAGACGCCAAAGAUGAGGACACAGCAUCGCUGUGCUCCCAGAGGGGAGGCAUCAUGAAGCAGGGCUGGCUACAGAAAGCCAACAUCAACAGCAGUCUGUCUGUCUCGAUGAGGGUGUUCAAAAGGAGGUACUUCUACUUGUCCCAGCUGCCUGACGGCUCCUACAUCCUCAACUCCUACAAGGAUGAGAAGAACUGUAAGGAUACCAAAGGCUCCAUCUACCUGGACUCGUGCAUAGAUGUCGUUCAGAGCCCAAAGAUGCGCCGUAAUGGCUUUGAGCUGAAGAUGCAAGACCGCUACAGCCACUUCUUGGCUGCAGACAGUGAAGCAGAGAUGGAAGAAUGGGUGGUGACGCUGAAACAGGCUCUGCAGAGCAGCACCGAGGCCGGCCAAGACAGGAGGAACGGCACUGAGUCACUGGAGUGUGUCUUGGAUGAUGACACGACCAGUCAAGGGAAAGGCGAGAGCCUGCUGGAGAGUCUGGGCAGGAGCCUACAUCCUGAACUCAUGAAGUACGCCAGGGAAACUGACCAGCUCAACAAGCUCAACAGGAAUGAAGUCAGACAAAAGCUUUUCUCUCUGGAUCCUGAGACACAGAGGCUGGACUUCUCAGGCAUCGAGCCCGAUGUGAAGCCAUUCGAGGAGCGCUUUGGCCGACGUAUCAUGGUCAGCUGCCACGACUUGACCUUCAGUCUGCAGGGCUGCGUUAGUGAGAAGGGAGACAGCGUUCUCACCAAUGUGGAACCGUUCUUCAUCAGCUUGGCUCUCUUCGAUGUCUCAAAGAGCUGUAAGAUCUCGGCUGACUUCCACGUUGACCUGAACCCGCCCUGUGUCAGGGAGAUGCUGACCGACACCUCGGGCCAGCUGUCUCCUUCCUCAGACUCAGAUGGUGGAGGAGGAGGAGGAGGAGGAGGAGUCAGUGAAGGAGGAGCGGGAGGAGAACUAAUGGUGAAUGGAGACUCUGGAAAAGGCAACGGUCUCCCUGUUUUUCAGAGAGUGUCAGAGGCUCUGCUGCGCUUCCCCACACAGGGAAUAUUUUCAGUAACCAACCCUCAUGCAGACAUCUUCCUGGUGGCCCGCGUGGAGAAGGUGUUACAGAACGGCAUCACCCACUGCGCCGAGCCGUACAUUAAGACAUCAGACGUCAACAAGACUGCUCAGAAGGUGCUCAAAGCUGCCAAGCAGACUUGCCAGCGCUUGGGCCAGUACAGAAUGCCAUUUGCCUGGGCUGCCAAGCAGGUGUUCAAAGAUGCUCAGGGCAGCCUGGACAUGGAUGGGAAGUUUUCUCCACUCUACCGCCAAGACAGCAGCAAAAUAUCCACAGAUGACAUCAUCAAGCUGCUGGCUGACAUCAGGAAACCAGAGAAGAGCAAACUUCAGACAAUCCCCGGACAGCUGAAUGUCACCAUUGAAUGUGUUCCGCCUGACAUCUCAAAUACAGUCACUUCCUCCUACAUUCCUGUCAAACCUUUUGAGGAAGGCUGUGAGCGAGUGUCAGUGGAGGUGGAAGAGUUCCUCCCUGAGGAGGCCAAGUACAACUACCCCUUCACCACCUACAAGAACCAGCUCUACAUCUAUCCCCUACAGCUCAAAUACGACAACCAGAAGACCUUCACCAAGGCCAGAAACAUCGCCGUCUGCAUCCAGUUCAAAGAUUCAGAUGAAGAAGGUGCAGUACCUUUAAAGUGCAUCUAUGGCAAACCGGUGGAUUCGCUCUCCACAAGCAGCACCUAUGCAGCGGUCCUGCACCACAAUCAGAGCCCGGAGUUCUACGAUGAGGUAAAGAUCGAACUGCCAGUUCAUGUGCAUGAGAAGCACCACAUCCUCUUCACCUUUUACCACAUCAGCUGUGAGUCCAGCAGCAAGGCCAGCAGCAAGAAGAGGGAGGGAGUGGAGUCACUGGUGGGUUAUUCCUGGAUGUCUUUACUAAAAGACAGGAGAAUGCAGUCACUGGAACUUCAGCUCUCCGUAGCUGCCACUCUGCCCGCUGGAUACCUGUGCCAGGAUACACGGAAGUCCCAACCGGAUAUCAAAUGGGUGGAAAAUGCCAAGACGCUGUUCAAAGUGAGGACCCAUGUAGCGUCAACAAUAUAUGCUCAGGACCUGCAUCUACAAAAUUUCUUCCAGCACUGCCAGCUGAUGAGGACAACAUCGGAGGGCAACCCAGCUGAACUUAUCAAAUACCUGAAGUGCCUACAUGCCAUGGAGACCCAUGUCAUCAUCAACUUCCUUCCAACGGUGCUGAUGCAGCUGUUUGAGGUGCUCACAGCCGCCAGUAAAGAAGCCCAUGAAAUUGCUGUCAACUCGCUGCGUGUGAUUAUACACAUAGUUUCCAGAUGUCACGAGGAAGGACUGGAACACUACUUGCGCUCUUUUGUCAAGUAUGUGUUUGUGACCAACAACUCUCCGUCAGGAAACUCGCCGACCACUCAUGAGCUGCUCGCCACCUCAGUCACAGCCAUCCUCAAGCACACAGCUGAUUUCAACACCAGCAAUAAACUGCUCAAGUACUCGUGGUUCUUUUUUGAAACCAUGGCCAAAUCCGUAGCCCAGUACCUGCAAGAGGGCAACCGCAUGAAGAUGCCACGUGCCCAGCGCUUCCCUGACAGUUUUCACCAGGCGCUCCAGUCCCUGGUGUUGUCAGUCAUGCCUCACAUCACCAUCCGCUUCAUGGAAAUCCCAGAAGAAGCUCGCUGCAUUAACCUAAGCCUGGCCACUUUGAUCAAGAGAUGCCUGACCUUCAUGAACAGGGGCUUCGCAUUUGGCCUUGUCAACCACUAUAUGUGUCAUUUCAGUCUCAAAGAUCCUAAGGUGCUGUCUGAAAUGAAAUUUGACUUCAUUAUGACUGUGUGCAACCACGAACACUUCAUCCCUCUGAACCUGCCUAUGGCCUUUGGGCGCACCAAGCUGCAGAGGGUACAAGAUUUUAUUCCGUAUGCGACGGAGCUUUUUGGCCCUGUAGAGCAGAGUCUGGAGUUCAGCCUGACAGAGGAAUACUGCCGCAACCACUUCCUGGUGGGUCUGCUGCUGAGAGAAGUGGCGGAGGCCUUGCAACAAGGGCCUGAGGUCAGACAGCUGGCUGUGAGCGUCCUCAAGAACCUGCUCAUUAAACACGCCAUGGAUGACCGCUACACAAUUUUCAAGAACCAACAGGCCCGCAUCUGUUUGCUCUACCUGCCACUUUUUGAGCUGCUCUACCAGAACCUGAAGCAGCUGUCUGCACAGCCACACACCUCCAGCCCUGGCCUUGGCCUCAACGGCUCCAGAGAUGACCUGAUUUCAACGGGGUCCACUGACAGCAGGAGAGUCAGCGCUGCGAUUGAGAGAGACCACGGAUUGGCAGCUCUGAAUGGCCAUGUUGUGAGGAGAGAGGACUCCAGGGCAUCGCUGCUCAUGGACCCAGGCACACCUGACAGCAUUGAGCUGCAGAGACGUUGCUCCACCAUGAGCAGCAGCCCCAUGCCUCCCAGUGGCAGACUGGGACAGUAUGAGAUCAAAGGCCUUCUGCUCUCUUUCCUCCACAUCGUGAAGACCUUGUCAGAAGACACUCUCAUGGCCUACUGGAACAAAGUCAGCCCUCCAGAGAUAAUGAACUUCCUCAGUUUGCUUGAAAUCUGUCUGGCUCAGUUUCGUUACAUUGGCAAGAGGAGCAUCAGCAGGAGUCAGGAGAUUUGUGUGCCAAAGCUGUUCUCCUCAGACAGAAAGUCUCAGACGAUGCCGGCCAUGCGCUGUAAUCGAUCCAGUCUCAUGCAGACAAAGAUUCACCAGUUCAGCACCAUGGAAGCCUCCCUCACCCUCAACAUAGGUUCGGGGCCAUCAGAAGCAGAAAUCCACCAACAGGCUCUGCUGGAGGGCAACAUCUCCACUGAGGUCUGCCUGAGUGUGCUGGAUGUCCUGUCAUUCUUUACUCAGUGCUUUAAGACCCAGCUGCUGGAAAGCGACGGUCACAACCCGCUGAUGAAGAAAGUGUUUGAUGUUUACCUGACAUUCCUCAAAGUUGGCCAAUCAGAAGCCGCUCUCAGACACGUGUUUGCUGCUCUCAGGGCUUUCAUUAACAAGUUCCCGUCAGUGCUGUUUAAGGGCCGCGUGACACUGUGUGAGGCCCUGUGCUGCGAGGUGUUGAAGUGCUGCGUCUCCAAGUUGGCGUCUCUGAGAGCUGAAGCAUCUGCACUGCUCUACCUGCUGAUGAGAAACAACUAUGAGUACACAAAGAGGAAGACCUUCCUGCGCACACACCUGCAGAUCAUCAUUGCCGUGAGCCAGCUGAUCUCAGACGUGGCACUGACUGGCAGUUCCCGCUUUCAGGAGUCUCUUUCCAUCAUCAACAACUUUGCAAAUAGUGACAAAGCCAUGAAGUCCACGGCGUUCCCCUCAGAAGUGAAGGGCCUUACUAAGCGGAUCCGCACAGUGCUGAUGGCCACAGCGCAAAUGAGAGAGCAUGAGAAAGACCCAGAGAUGCUGCUGGACCUCCAGUACAGUCUGGCCCGCUCUUACGCCAGCACCCCCGAACUGAGGCGGACUUGGCUGGACAGCAUGGCCCGAGCACACCUGAAGAACGGAGAUCUUUCUGAGACGGCCAUGUGCUACGUUCAUGUGGCUGCGCUGGUUGCAGAAUACCUGCACAGGAAAAAGUUGUUUCCCACCGGCCUUGCAGCUUUCAAGAAGAUCACUGUGAAUAUCGAAGAGGAAGCAGCCAUGAAAGAAGACACCGGAAUGCAAGAUGUCUAUUACACGGAGGAAGUGUUGGUGGAACACCUUGAGGUCUGUGUGGAGGCUCUGUGGAAAGCUGAGCGCUAUGAGCUCAUCACGCACAUUGCCAAACUCAUUAUCCCCAUUUAUGAGAAGCGCCACGAGUAUGAGAAACUAAGUCGACUGUACGACACUCUGCACAGAGCCUACAAUAAGAUAAUGGAAGUGAUACUGUCAGGUCGAAGACUGCUUGGGACGUACUUCAGAGUGGCUUUUUAUGGACAGGGUUUCUUCGAGGAAGAAGACGGGAAGGAAUACAUUUACAAAGAGCCUAAACUCACUGGUCUGUCUGAAAUCUCUCAGCGGUUGCUGACACUCUAUGGGGAAAAGUUUGGGCCAGAAAACGUCAGAAUAAUUCAGGACUCAAACAAGGUAAACCCCAAAGAUCUGGACCCCAAGUUCGCCUACGUCCAGGUCACGUUUGUCAAGCCCUACUUUGAGGAGAAGGAGGCUCCGGAAAAGAAAACCGACUUCGAGAAGAGCCACAACAUCUGUCGCUUUGUGUUUGAGACCCCGUACACGCUGUCGGGCAAAAAGCAUGGCGGUGUUGAGGAGCAGUGCAAGAGGCGCACUGUGCUCACAACUGUCAACGCCUUUCCAUAUGUGAAGAAACGAGUGGAGGUGGCGGGUGAGAAGCAGAUGGAGCUUAAGCCGGUGGACGUGGCCAUAGACGAGAUGAGGGCGCGGACGGCCGAGUUGAUCAAGCUCUGCUCCAGCCAGGAAGUGGACAUGAUCCAGCUGCAGCUCAAACUGCAGGGCUGUGUGUCUGUGCAGGUAAAUGCGGGUCCCAUGGCCUAUGCAAGAGCCUUCCUGGAUGACAGUAAAGCCAAUCAGUCUGGUAACAAGAAAGUCAAAGACCUUAAGGACAUUUUCAGGCGCUUUGUUGAAGCUUGCAGCAUGGCUCUGGAUAUAAACGAGCGCCUGAUCAAAGAGGACCAGUUUGAGUACCAUGAGGGCCUGAAGGGCAACUUCAAAGAAAUGGUGAAAGAGCUCUCAGAUAUAAUCCACGAACAGAUCUACCAGGAGGGUAUGAUGCGCUCGCUGCUACAGAACUCGCUCCAUGUGUUUCGCGCCAUCAGCGGGACAUCCACAGAACUGGCCUGACCUCUGACCCACCUCCUGCCCACAUAUGCACUCUUUAUCCCCUCGCAUCCUGGACAGGACGGUAACCGGGCAGCUCUGAUUUUGGUGUCUGCCCAGCUACGCUUGCCUACACACACUCUGGCUGGAUAUAAUAUUCAGAGAAUGUAACACAGCAAGCUGAAUGUCAGCAGGCCAGGUUAAGGUGUUAUGCUGAGUCAUGCUAGGUUGCAUUGCACUUUUCUCCCUGCCUUGGCGACAAACUGCAAAAUGGACUCUUGUUUUUUUUCGGAGGGAGAUGUUUUGAUGUCAUUCUUCCUCUGCCGUAAUUCUCCUCAGAUCUAUGCAGGACGCCACAGAACUCGUAUUUCCACAAAGAGUUUUGACUUCUUGAGUCAUUUUCCCCACAGUGUUUUGUUUCCUACAGGAUGAUCAAUAAUCCAACUUCACUGGUCGUUAUGUUAUGUCAGACAUUCAAGCACUGAGACACUCAAGCCAAGGAGUAUUGUUUAUAGCCUGGCAGUGCACACCAACCAGGCUGGCAGAUGAUUAUAAACAGAUAAGUCAUAUCACUGAGUGCUUGUUUAAUGACGGUCCAAAGUUAGACUAAGGAAAGGGCGCAACUCAGGGUUGUUUUCAAACUGUGUCAUAAAGCUGCUCUUAGCAGGGCUUUGCGUCACAUUUCAAUCACAUCUUAUAUAUCACAGGAAGUAGGUUGUAGGUUAAAAAAAAUUGAUCAAUUCUAUCGGAGCUGUGUAACAAUCAUUCAAGAGUGAACCUAUUUUGUAGUCCACAGACAUUAAAGGGCUUGAUUACAGGACACACUUAUCACGGCAAGUUAGUGACUGCGGCCUCUCAUCUGGGUGUAGAUCCAGUGCCUUUGUGCUCUGCCUUCUGAAAACUCUCCUCUCUCCAUCAAUAACAAUGCCACAUGCUGGUUUUUUUUCAGUAUUUCACAAGUGCUACACUGAAAUUAGCAAAUAGAUGAGUAAUAUUUAAGCAGAUGUACAUUAUGUGCUGUAAAUUGAUCUGUGUAUCCAUGUAUGUACUGUACGUAUGUAUUUAUAUUUGUAACAUUUUGGACUCUUGAUCAGUCCAAAGUCUGAUUCUAGCAGAGAGAUUUUUUUUCCUUGUUUUUACUGCGUUGUAUACUGCAGUGCUGCUGCCUGUCAAACUUACUUUGUAAAAGCCUUUUGCAAAUAAAAUCUGGAAAAGCUAAUGAGUCACACCGUAACCUCCAAAGUA